CUCGAUUUUCGCCUACCGACAAACACAAUAACAAGAUGGCGACUGUAGUACCUCCACCGUCUAAGCGACAGCGUCGCGAGGACCUCGAAAAACAGCGAAUCCAGCAGGAUGUUACUGCCGCGCUCGGCCCGGCUGGCUCUUUCAAGGCCAGGUUCCUGGACAGCGAUGGCAACCAGACUGGGGUUGUCGAAGUUCCUCUGGCAGAUGCUUCCGAAAAGAACCUCUCAUUACUUCUUAACACAUUAAUGGCAAGAGAACGCGAAGAGUUUGUCCCGUACCGAUUCCGCGUCCAUAUCCCCGAUAGCGACAUUAUUGUUGACCAGUACCCUACGGAUCUCAUGAAGCUUCUUAAGAGCCAUGGAAUUGACAACCCUUUCGAAACAACAAUCACGCUCAGUGCCGAGCCGCAGGCCGUCUUCAAAGUCCAAGCAGUUACCCGCAUGUCCCACAGAAUACCUGGCCACGGCGAAGCCAUCUUAUCAGCACAGUUUAACCCCGAAAAGAGCAGUAUGCUGGCAACUGGCUCUGGCGACAAGACAGCGAGAAUAUGGGAUACGGAAACCGGCACACCGAAGCACACUCUGUCUGGACACACCCACUGGGUUCUUUGUGUUGCGUGGUCGCCCGAUGGCAAGCGUCUGGCUACUGGCAGCAUGGACAAGUCUGUCCGACUCUGGGAUCCCAAGACCGGUAAGCCGGAAGGAAAGGGCCCUCUCACCGGUCACGCCAAAUGGGUUACAAAUAUCGCUUGGGAGCCGUACCAUCUCUGGCGCGACGGAACCCCUCGUCUUGCCAGCGCUAGCAAAGACGCAACGGUCCGGAUCUGGAUCGUCGAUAACGGCACCAUUGAACAUGUUUUGUCGGGACACAAGAGCAGUGUUAGCUGCGUCAAGUGGGGUGGAUUGGGACAGAUCUAUACGGCUAGCCACGACAAGACCGUCAAGGUCUGGGAUGCUCAGCAAGGCACGCUCUUGCACACGCUCUCGUCUCAUGCCCAUUGGGUGAACCAUCUUGCGCUCUCGACCGACUUUGCUCUACGAACCUCGUACUUUGACCACACGCCCACGCCGACGACGGAGGAGGAGAAGCGCAGCAAGGCCAAGGAGCGCUUUGAAAAGGCCGCCAAGAUGCAAGGCCGCAUUGCCGAGCGUCUUGUUUCCGCCAGCGACGACUUUACCAUGUAUCUGUGGGAUCCGUCCCAAGGCAGCAAGCCGGUGGCGAGAAUGUUGGGCCAUCAGAAGCAGGUCAACCAUGUCACAUUCUCGCCCGAUGGCACCCUGAUUGCCAGCUCAGGCUGGGAUAACCACACCAAAAUAUGGAAUGCUCGUGACGGGAAAUUUAUUAACACUCUACGCGGCCACGUCGCUCCGGUUUACCAAUGCGCAUUCUCGGCUGAUUCGCGAUUACUCGUUACUGCAUCCAAGGACACCACGCUCAAGGUGUGGUCCAUGGCUACGUGUAAGCUAGCAGCUGAUCUGCCUGGACACCAGGACGAAGUAUACGCCGUAGAUUGGAGCCCCGAUGGCCAGCGCGUAGGCAGUGGAGGCAAGGAUAAAGCGGUGCGGCUGUGGAGGAAUUAACGGAGCUGCCGUUUUGUGUUGCUUGCUCGCUUGCUGUUGGUGUGCAUCCUUUUUUUUUAUUUGACGAUGUUAUGACUGCUUUUGGAAGUGAGACGUGGCUUAACCAUGGCAUGUGAUAUUGAUACACUGGAGGAGGUAUAUAGGAUAAAAAUGAUAGAACCCAGCAUACAAUGAUAGUCUUCUUACCAAACCAUCAAUGUGAGAUGCCAAACAUGGCGCUACGCUAGUGCUGUAUGCAGCUCUUGUGAAAUGGCUACGGUUUACGGUGCUAGCACGUCUAGGUCUGGGCCAAUAACCGAACGAAUCAAGGAAUCAGAGAAGCGAAAACGGGAAGAACUUUACAAAACCGUGACAGCGGAUGGGGUCAUGAGGAGUAUCAUGCGCGCAAGAGGGGGUGAACGGCGGCGGCGGCGGCGCUGCAUGUCUUCGAUUUUGGAAGCGCCGGGCUUUUACACAGCGAAACAAGGGCCCAGACAACGCCGAGGCCCCAGGCGGGAGAGGCUUUUCCGGAAAGGCGCAAUAUUACGCGCAGGAUCUUGCACCAGACGGCUCUGGAGGGGUGCUGGGUCGCUGCCGCCGCAAAGAACCCUUGGGCCAUUGGGCUGUUGUGUUCCUCCCGGCAGCAUUCAACGUGGGGGAAAUGUUGGAGAACAGCGCAUUCAAGAGUAAUAAGAGGCGCGUUGCACAGCAGCAAGCGCCCAGAGGAUUUGGCGUGGGGAAGAGCGAGCUGCUGAUGCUUGUCAUGUGUGUGUAUUUUAGAUUGAAGAUUAGGUCCAUGGAGCCAGACCGUUUGCGAGACCAGGGCGUUCGUCCGGUGCUGGGCAAAGAGGCCCAUCACAGACAUAGAGCGGCGGUAUAAGUCGCAAGAGGGGCAACUAGUUAGCCAGCUAAGUUGGCAUGUCACGGCGUAUAGGCUAGUUUGCCAGGGUGAAUGGAGGGGCCAUAGGCAUGGAGCCAGCAACAAAGGGUGAAUCGAAGUUAGUUUAGCUGUUGCUGCACGGCCUAGGCGAUGCGUCUAGGGACUACCCGCUGACCAACACUGCAUUGCAUUGUUGCAUUGGGGAGCGGGCCGAAUCAGAAGAGAGGCAAAUGCCACAUGUGGGCAAGGGGGCCCUUGAAGCACAGAAUGUUCCAAUGGGUGAGGGGAUUGUGAUUGAUUGCCCCGCGCCGCAGAGAAGGAGAGGCCAUGUAUUUCUGUAUGCCGAGUACUGUACGUAAGUCUGAAAUCUCGGCGAUGAUGCGGCGACAUAGUGUGUGGCUGCUGGGCUGCACUGUUG